CUCAUCUCCGCCAUUACAAUCACACACGAAACUUCUCCUUCUUCUACUCACUCCCUGAGGUCAAAAGCAUGAGACUUUACAAAACCCUAUUCAUCCGCCUCGUCGCCCACCACCCUCCGCGUCCGAUCUCCUCCCUCGCCGCGCGUUUCUCUUCUUCCAGCUCCUCCUCCUCUCAGCUCGCUCCGAGGCGUGCUCACCACCACGAGGAAGAGUCUCGUGGAGUUAAGGUUUCGGUGUGGUGGGACUUCGAGAACUGCCAUUUGCCCACCGGCGCGAACGUCUUCAGAGUGGCGCAGUCCAUCACAGCCGCCGUUAGAAUUAACGGCAUCAAAGGACCAAUCACGAUCACUGCCUUCGGAGACGUGUUGCAGCUGUCGAGAACGAAUCAGGAAGCUCUCUCCGCGACGGGAAUCAACCUCGCUCAUGUCCCUCAAGGUGGGAAGAACAGUACAGAUAGAGCUCUCAUUACUGAUCUAAUGUGUUGGGUUGCUCAGAACCCACCUCCUGCUCAUCUCUUCCUCAUCUCCAGCGACAGAGACUUCUCCACCGUCUUACACAAGCUCAGGAUGAGCAACUACAACAUCUUGCUCGCCGGCUACGAAGAAAGAUCGCUUGGCGUGUUGUGCAGCGCUGCUUCCAUCAUGUGGGACUGGAACGCUUUACUUAGAGGAAACAACUUAGCCGGUAAAUGCUUUAACCAGCCGCCUGAUGGUCCUUAUAACUCUUGGUAUGGUCACUAUAAAACUCCUCUCCUUGACCCGUUUGCCGCAUCCACCAAGCCACAGGAGUUGCAGGAGUCUAGUUUAGAUACUAAUCAUGUACCGGAAGAAGUUGUUAGGGAGAUUGGUUUGGUUUUGAGUUUGUAUCCUAAGGGAGUGGCUAUUACUGAACUGCGUGAGCAGCUGAAGAAGAGGAAUGUGACCUUGGGUGACGAUUUUUAUGGAUAUAAGAGGUUUUCGAGGUUUUUGUUUUCUAUGCAGGAGAUCUUGGAGGUUGUUCCAAAGGGAGAAGGUGUGUUUCUUGUUCAUGCUUGUAAGCAAGGAAUGGAUAACAACAAAGUUGCAACUGUGGAGAAGGUGAAACAGAAUGUUGAAGAUGUCAAAAAGGAAUCUGAAUCACAAGAGAGUUCUCAAGAAUCUGAAUCACAAGAGAUAGGACUAGAGCAUCUCCAAGAAAAGAAAAAGGAAGGUGUUGUUAGUGAAGGGAAAGUGGUGGAUGAUGAGGACUUAGAAUCUCAGAUUGCAUCUCCCACCUCUAGUGAAUCUGCUAAGGAGAUGAGAGCAGACACUGAAGCAAGCAAGAGUCAAGGGCUUUUAAGACGACUUCUGAAGAGAUUCAACUUGUUUUGUGGAGGAAACAAAGAGCUUAGCAAUGAACCAGCAGCUGGAGAUGUAGUAGAUGACGUUUUUGAACAAGAUUCUUUUUGGGAAGAUGUUGAAUCUUUCAUCAAUUCUCCAAGAGGCUUCGUCCUUGUUUCUCACUCACCGUCAAGAGAAGCGUUGGCUAAGAACCUUAAGGACGAAGGACCUUCAUCUCUGAAGCAGCUGGAUCUCUCCAAAACGCUUGAAUUAGUCUCUCUGUUGAUAUCAGAUAAGAAAUGGAUCAAGGAGAAUCCUUCUGAAGCGUUACCUUUCAGAGUAACUCGGUUCACCUCUUGCCCUAGCAAUCCUCAUGCCUCUAGUGUAUUGAGAUCCAUGUUUGUGAGUUUGUCAAAGUCUCAGCCGGAAGAAGCAGAGUCCAAGAACAAUGGUGUAAGCGAGAGAUCAAGAACCGAGGUGAUUGCUGAUUGUCAUAAGCUGAUAAAGAAGAUAACAGAGGAAAGCCCCGGAGGCUACAACAUGAGUAACUUCAAGAAAGACUUCUUGGAAGAGUUCAAGUACCGUUUGGAUUAUCAGAGCCUCGGUUAUCCGAAGCUGCAGACUUUGAUACAGAUGAUGCCUGAGGCGAGGAUUGAAUCAGGUUACAUUGUUCCUUCAUCAACACAGGCUCCAUAUGCAUCUGACUCAUCAUUAGACAAAGAAGUUGGUUCAGUUUCCAAGAAGAAGGAGAAAGGGGAUGAAACAGAGAGGGAUGUGCUUAAAAUCCUAGGUUGUUGGGACAGUGUUGAAGAUGAUGAGAAGACUUGUGGUGUGUUUGGUAAAGAUAAGCUUGUUGAUGGAAUAUUAACAAGCUUGCGUGAGAAACCAUCUGGUGGCGAGUCUAGAGUUCUAUAAAUGAAACUCAACUUGUUGUAUUAUCUUAGAGACAGUUUGAUGCACUACGUCUCUAUUGUUACUACUUUUGAUUAUGAUCACUUGGCACAAGGCAUCCCCAUAUGAUUGUAUAACUUCA